AUGAAACAACUAGCAUGUUGGCAGUUGGUCGCGGGGUGCCUUUGGAUGGCAGCUUGUGCGUACGUAAACUGCAUUUCCCAGAUAUAUGUCGAUAAAUUUCAAAACGAGCACUACCACGGCCGAGUCCCUGAGCUUCUACCGGACCUGGGAUUUUAUUUCCUCCCGCAUAUUGAGAUACCACACCUUGCCGACUUCUGGAAUAUCGCCAUUGUGGUGGGAACUAUGGUUCCGGUCCUGCUAGAGGCCGUCAAGAUUGUGCUGGGCAUCCGUUUCACGUGUGGGGACAUCCUUUUCUCGGGGCACGCAGCUAACUUCACUUUGAUGGCCCUUAUAUGGACUGAGUACGGCUAUGGUUUCCUAGCAGUAGAUGCAACUGCCCGAGGGUAUACAGCCCUAGAGGGUGGUAACCAUGGCCAGAUAGGUGGGCGCCAUCGGGGAGGGGCCCUGUUGCAUUUUGUAUUCCGCCGGCUCUUGCCGGUACUCUGGUGGGCUGCUGCUAUUCUGGGGUAUUUUGUCAUCGUAGCGACGCGUUUUCACUACACUGUAGAUGUUUUAGUGGCCAUCAUUAUAGUGACCAAACAGUGGGGGCUGUACCACAUGUACAUUCGAACGCCCCGGAUCAUGAGGCGACUGGGCUUCCUACGGUGGUAUGAGCAGAAGCAGGACUUUGCUAUGGUGUCGGCAAAGAAGACGCCGAGAGUAUCGCCAGUGGGGGACCGAAGGAUGUCGAUUGAGAUGGGAACAAUACCGGAGCAUCCUGAUCUUGAGGCCUUAGAAGCCGGGACCCAGGGGGUAACGGAGGAGGACGAGGAUGACGCGAGGAACAAGGCGGCUACUACGGCUCCACAGCUCUAUGGAAGGAUUCGAUCAACUCGGUUUGGCAGUGACUACACUGAUAUUGACGACACCUUCGUGAUUGAGGAUUCCGCCUCGGAGGUCCUCGUAUGA